AUGACGAUACAAACAAAGCCAAUCGUGACGGGUGGCCUCCCUUUAGUUAAACUCACAGAGACCGACCGCGAAUUCCUGGAUCCCUCAUAUCUUAGUGGGUCUUACCGAUAUUACGAUCUCAUCAUUUCAAACACUACCGCUACACGAAGCCCAUCAGGCUUGGAUGUAGCCAAAACCGUAUUUGGUCCAACGAUCUAUGGUCCUGGUCAAAUUGAUAACACCAAUAAUACCACCGCUCUGAUCUGUCCGAUGACUGCUGUAUGUCAAUGCUCAUAUAGUGAUAGCAUUCAAAAACUAUUCGAGCUGGAGAAUAUGGGCAUCACCUCAAUUGAAAGUAAUGCGGACGAGGGUACUUAA